CUCCAUAUCCAGCUUGAGAGGGCAGCAUAGCGCCAAACAUUAGUCGUAUUCGCGCGGGUCGAAGCAAGCCAUGAUAUAACAGCUCCUCGUCCCCAUUGCGGGGUCUGUCUUUCUUAUCCCCUCCCACGAACCCGCCUCCGCUACCUCUCCCCCCGACCCCCGUAACUGCUCCGUCGUCGUCGCGUCGCAAUGGGCCUCCUCACCACGCAGCCCUUCAAGGGCGUCUACGCCCUCGGCGCAUUCACCUUCGAGCUCGCCCGCCUCCCCCUCUGGCUCGUCAAAUACCUCACCUCGUACGGUCGCCAACACCCCGAAUGGAGCUACCGCCAGGCGCUCGGCGUGCGCAUCUUUUUCUCCGCGGUUCACCACCUCGCGGCCGUACAGGCCAAGACGCCACUUCCGCAUACGCCAGGCAAGGAAAAGGAACGAUUUAUCAUAAUCAAAGCGGCGGAGGGGAAGUACUUCAAAGGCCCGCUCGUCAGCAACGAGGAUGUCAAGCCGACCGAUAUCGGAGGGACGUGGUAUCCCGCGCCGCUGUCUGCGAGCAGUGAUCUGGGGAACGUGCUAGUCGUACUGCACAUCCACGGCGGUGCGUACGUGAUAGGCGACGGGCGGACCGAGGCGAGUGGCUAUUUCGCGAAGAAGGUGCUCAAGCACACGCCCGCUACCCACAUCCUGUGUCCCCAGUACCGGCUCUCCACGCUGCCCGCGUCCAAGACCUCGAAUCCUUUCCCCGCGGCCCUGCAGGACAGCUUGACCUCGUACCUGUAUCUGCUGCACGAGCUCAAGAUCCCGGCUGCGAACAUCGUGCUCUCGGGCGACUCGGCAGGGGCUAACAACGCCAUCGCGCUGCUGCGAUAUCUCGCAGAAUACGGGGCAGAACUGGGCGUACCGCACCCCUCGGCCGCGCUGCUGUGGUCCCCUUGGGUCGACCCCUCCGACUCCUCCGACGACUACACUCGCACUAAUCCUAAUUACGCCACCGACUACCUGCCCUACGCCUUCAUUCACUGGGGUAGCACCGCGUACGCCGGCCUGGGCAGCCUCGACACGCCGUACGCGUGCCUGAAGCACAGGGAUGCGGGGUUCAAGACGCCCGUGCCGCUGUUCGUGAACGCGGGCAGUGCAGAGAUAUUGUAUUUUGAUGACAAGGAGUGGGCGGAGAUGAUGCGCGGGAGGGGGAAUAAUGUGACGUGGGACGUGGAGCGGAAUGCGCCGCAUGAUGUGUUGUUGUUGGGGAAUGUGCUGGGGUUUGAUAAGGAGGCGGCGAGGAGUGCGCAGAGGGCGGGGGAGUGGUUGACGGGUUUGAGGAAGUAAUGGUCAGGAGGGCUUUAAAAAAUGAUGGUGGGAUGGUAUUCUGCAGCUAUCUAUAAAUUGGUGAGUGAGUGGCUCUUAGCGCUCCCUCGAAUAUACUUGCCCUAGGUUGAAGAAAUCUGCUUCUUCG